GUUUUUUCUCCAUUGAUGGCGAUGGAAUUGAAGCACCAAACCCUCCGGUCUCACUGUUUUUAGCAAAUCUUGCAUCUUUCCCACACCUCUCUUCAUGCCCACAAUCAAUAAUCUCGGAAUCACUCGAAAGCUUCAGUCUUUGCCGCCGAUUCUUGGGUUUGGCUGAUACCUCAAUCGUGUUCUCAGCUCCGGAGACCCAACAUGUCCGGCAAGCAGCUCCUAUCGGACGGCAAGAGCUCCGGCAGGGCCCCGGAGAAGUCCAAUUUCGUGCAGACCUGCAAUCUGUUGAGCCAGUUUCUUAAGGGGAGAGUUAGUAUAAGAGAUCUGAGCCAUGGAAUUGGUGUUGCCAAUACAGAAGCUUCAGGAAAAUUUGACAUGUCUCAUGGUACAACUAUGGAUUUCCUGGCCAACAUAGAAAAAUCAAGCCAGGAGGACCAAGAAAUGGCACCCAUAGAUCCUAAUCCUCAGAAUACUGUAGUGGAGGAAGGCACUAAUGCAGCAGCCAGUCUUAGCAAAGAAGCACCAAAAGAGGCUCCUAAGGCAGCCCAGCUGACCAUAUUCUAUUCUGGGAAAGUUAUGGUGUUUGAUGAGUUUCCGGCUGAUAAAGCCCGGGCGGUCAUGCUGUUGGCCAGCAAAGGCAGCCCGCAGAGUGCUCGUGGCCUUUUCCAUACUGCCGGGGUGGAUAAAUUAGACCAACCGUCUGACGGUGCUGCUGUGGUUGCCACUUCCGCCCCCGUGGGUCCUCCUAAGCCGGUGGCUAGUCCUGCUCCACUGCCACCGCCCGUGCCGCCAACACAGCCGCCUGCAGCUGCAUCGGGUGGUUCUGAUUUGCCAAUUGCAAGAAGAUCGUCACUUCAUCGAUUCCUUGAGAAGAGGAAAGAUAGGGCGACUGCUAGAGCACCGUACCAAGUUCACAAUAAUCCAUUGGUUCCAUCAAAGAACGAAGGGCCAUCUUCCAAGAACGAGGCUUCACCAUCCAAGAACGAAGAAUCGUCCUCCAAGAACGAGGCUUCAUCUUCCAAGACCCGAGUUCAAAUCGAUCUCAACUUCAAGCUAUAGAUCAGACGCCAUUAGCUUCCGUCUUGUUCGAGUGCUUUUGUUGGGAUUUACCUUGCCUCUAUCCACUCUCCAGGCAUCCUAACCAACCCUUUCGUUGGCUGACUUUUUCUCUAGUGGAAUAGUGGAUCACUAUAUUUAUGCAUACCUUUUAUAGAAUACUGAUAUGAUUUGUCUUACAGUUCAAACAUGUUAAUAUCCUUAGAUGAGAGAUUUAACGUUGUUAAUUUACCAUCUAUUAUGUUAUAUAUAUUUCUUUUGCACUGUU